UUGGGUGGGAAGCCUUAAACGCGGCAGUAUGUUUCUUAUGGUGGUGGUUUCCUUUUUUUGUUUAUUAAACCGUAUAGAAACCGCAAAAGAUGGUAAGUCAUUAGAGAAAUUAUCACAUUUAACUAAUUAAUUUACUGAAGACAAUUGGGAAACCGCAAUUCGCGAGGACCUGUUUCAAUUAAUACAAACAAGAAAAAUGCCCAAAACACUGCGCAAUACAAUGGAAGAAAUGGAGUUCCGACCAAUGGUUCGCCAACGUAGCUUACAAGGGCGCCAAUUCGAACCACCCGAGUGUGCAUUAUGCAAUACUCUUGUCGGCACAAUUAUAACGAUACGGAGAAUAGGAACUCCAAAAGAUGUAAUCGUUUUUAUGUUUACCGAGCUCUGCAUCACGUUGAAACUGGUUUCAGAAGAAGAAUGCAAAGGGUUCAUUAACAUGAACGUCGACACAAUACUAUACAUUAUAGACAACAGGUUAUUUUUAACACCUAGCAAGGUAUGUUCGAUUGUAUUCCAAGAUCUACACUGUGCGGACCCCUUUGGAGUGGAAUGGGACCUUAAGCUUCCCCCUUACGACUCUCAGGUGCAGAAUAACCUCCCCAUUGACACACAAAGUGGCUCUGUGAAAAUACUUCAGAUCACCGAUAUACACUACGACUCUCAUUAUCAAGUGGGAUCGAAUGCUGAUUGCGGUUUAUUCAUUUGUUGUCAAAUAGGUACCGUGCCCAGCUCAGAAUCGACUGCAGCCGGCUAUUGGGGAGAUUAUCGCGAUUGCGAUGUUCCAUGGCACUCAUUUCUCGAUCUACUAACGCAUGUUAAAGAAGAACACCAUCCCAUCUCGUAUGUAUACUUCACUGGAGACAUCGUUGCCCAUAAGGUGUACGAUACAAGCGAAAUAGGGUGUGUUACCGACAUUACCAAGGUGUAUACUGAGUUGAAGAAUACUUUUGGAAAUGUACCAGUAUAUCCCAUUUUAGGAAAUCACGAAGCGCACCCUGCAAACCUGUUUGCACCAGAAAAGGUUGAUCCGAAUUUGCAGACAGUCUGGUUAUUUAGAUUAGUCGCGGAGCUUUGGCAAGCAUGGUUACCAGCAGAUACUCAAAAAACAAUAUUGAAGGGUGGAUAUUAUACGGUCUUGGUGAAACCAGGCUUCCGCAUUAUUGCACUAAACAGUAACGUUUGCUUUAACUUUAACUUUUGGUUGUUCUAUGACGAUUUUGAUCCAUAUGGACAGUUGCAAUGGUUGAUCAACACUCUACUCUAUGCGGAAACUCAGAAGGAAAAGGUUCACAUCCUUACACACGUACCUUCCGGAGAUUACACUUGUGUAAGGAAUUGGGGUAGGCAGUACGCUAAGAUAGUAAAUAGAUUUUCCCACGUUAUUUCUGCACAAUUUACUGGGCACACCCAUUUAGAUGACACGGUAAUAUACUAUAGCCAUGAAAAUCGAAGUCAGGCCAAUAAUGUGGCCUUUAACGGGGGGAGCUUUACGACGUAUUCCUAUUUAAAUCCGAAUUACAAGGUGUACGAUGUGAACAAUCGAGGAAUGGAGGUCGCCAAUUUUGAAUCAUGGAUGUACAACAUGACCGAUGCAAACCAAAAUGCAUCCCUUAAGCCAAAAUGGUACAAGCUGUAUGAUUUUAAAAGCGCAUACAAUGUAUCGAGCUUGCACCCACAGGAACUGUCAAAUUUAGUGGAACGUAUGACCAAAGACAAGAAGUUGACUCAGUUAUACUUCAGGUACAAAUUCAGGGAUUCAGAUUAUUUCAUAUCGCAAGGGUGUAAUUCGACUUGUGAGCUGGAAAAUAUUUGUACAAUGGUUACGGCUGCCUAUGGAAGCGACGACCGCUGCAAGAUGUAUACAGAGCUCUAUUUGAAAAAUCGAAUUUAAGUUAAUUUCGCAUACACCAUUUUUAGUACUCAGCCAAUUAACACUUGUACUUGCAUAUUUCACUCCUUUAGAGGAGAGGCUACAAACCUAACACUAACCCAAUCAUUUCUAGGGUAAGCUGUAGUUGUAAGUCGUUGAAUAUUUACAAGG